AUGUCGGGACCUCGCCUAAAGGCGAACCUCCUCUCCCUCCCAGCCGAGAUCCGGUUGUCCAUAGGCAAUUAUAUGCUAGAGGGCCAAAGGGAGAUUGAGCUUUCGCAAACUGGCGGAAGGACGUCGAACACGUGGGAAGCUGCGACUGGGGAGCAUUACGGCCUUGACACUCAGAGGAUCACCGACAUCCACAACAUGAAGUUUCUCGGCAACGUGCUGACAGCCGGAGGCCCGCUCAGCGUGCUGCGACACUGCUUUAGCAGCUUCGACGAUGUCUAUCUGUUCUUGUCAGCACAUAGGCCAGCAGCACUCACGCAAAUCCGCUACCUGGUUGUCCACUGGUCAUGGCUUCCACCAGUUGGGGAAAUGCAGGCAAUGCUGGCGGGCACAGGACCAGUGCCCCAUCCUCGAGAUGUCGGAGUUUCAAUCAACGGACGGGGCCAGCAUGACCACAUCCUGGCGCUGCUGUCGCACGCCUCGCGACUGAAGCGGUUUGCGCUGCGGAUCGACAUGACCAACCACUACGACUCAAUCGGCGCAUUCGAUCAAAAUGUAACCGAGACAGUGCUGUUAGAAGCGUUCACGUCGAUCGAGAAUAUCUUCUUCCACACACCCGAUGAAGAUGACGGCACCGACAUGUCCACUGUGACGCGGUUAAUCAACCUCCCGGGAUUCCGACUCGAGUUUUGCAUGUGCACCUACGACGAUUCUACCAUGAAUCUUGUCGAACACCAGAUUGUCGACGUGGCUACACUCGAAGGUGGCCUGCCCGUCAACUUUGGGGCCGACCUGCCAUCGCACGCGUUCUGGACCAGCCGGGAGACUCGCAAACGUGUCAAAGAGCUCAGUGUCGAGAUCUAUCGCCGCCAGCUGCGCCAUGCCAGACUUCCCAGGCCUCCUCUUCCCGCCACCUCCGGCACUGCACGCAUGAAGGCUGCCUAUGACGCCAGUGGUCUCACCGUUAGUGGUCUUUACAAGGAUGUCCAGUGGCUAGACCGACCAGACCAGCCACCGAGUUCUCGAACCCGGCGCUGCAGCAAGCUCACGAGGCACAAUACCAUCGCCAGGCACGCGGCCCAGCUUGUGGACCCAACCGACGGGCUAAUCAAGCAGUUCAUAAAGGUACAAGUGAUUUACCAGUCCGGCGGAAACAUCAUGGCUGCAGUCCGCCGCUGGAGCGGCAAUGAUGAGCAGCACGUUCCGCUGUCUGCGCUUAUGGGCGAUGAGGGUCUCGAUGCCUUGCACGACUUCCUCGCCUCCCCAGCCGCCGAUCUCCAAGUCAUAUUUAGUGCCGUCAACCCCGUGAAACUCCUAGAGGAGCUUGGCAGCUGCGACUGUCGACGAAGCAGAGCACUGAAGCGAGUACAGCGCAUCUUGCGGACGGCCGCUACAGCGCAGUCAUGCAGGCCAAUCAUUCGUGGGCCACGAGGAGUCGAUGAACAUACCGCAAGGCCAUCUCGGAUUCUUGACUGCUGGAUGAGUUGUUAG